CUACACUGAAGUCAGGGAUCCGGAUCCAUCUACCAGGAGGAACGAGGAGAACGGAGGCGGAGGCCGUGGGUGGCAUCUCCGCGCCGGCGCCGUCUCGCAGUGCGGUCACACAAAGGCACUGAAGCAGCGCUAGGGCUGGGGAGGGAGAGGGAGGAGAGGAGCCACGGCAACGCCUAGUCCUCGUCUCACGCACACCGACGAGACCGGUCAGGCACGAGUGACUCACACUAUCACAGCCUCCUCGGAUUGGGCUUCCUCUCCUCUACGCGCCGGCCAUGGCCUCCUCGCUCGUCUCGCGCCCCGUCCGCUUCACCUCCAUCGCCUCCCCGUCCCCCGCUCGCCUCGCAAUCGGGGGCGUGCGGUGCCAGGCGCAGGCUGCCACGGGGGCCACGGACGCGCUCUACAUGCGGCGAUGCGUGGAGCUGGCGCGCAAGGCGGCCGGCCACACCAGCCCCAACCCCAUGGUCGGCUGCGUCAUCGUCCGCGACGGACGCGUCGUCGGAGAGGGCUUCCACCCCAAGGCCGGCCAGCCCCACGCCGAGGUAUUUGCCCUGAGAGAUGCAGGUGAUUUAGCUGAGAAUGCAACGGCUUAUGUGAGCUUGGAGCCCUGCAACCAUUAUGGAAGGACCCCUCCCUGUACUGAAGCACUCAUCAAUGCAAAAGUAAAGGAAGUUGUUGUGGGGAUGACCGACCCAAAUCCUAUUGUGGCAUCCAAAGGGAUUGAAAGGCUACAAGGUGCCGGGAUAGAUGUGAGGGUGGGCGUGGAGGAAGCGUUAUGCCGCAGACUAAAUGAGGCUUACAUCCAUCGUAUGCUUACAGGGAAGGCCUUUGCAACUUUGAGAACUACACUCUCGAUGAACGGAAUCGUCAUAAAUCAAAUUGGGAGGGGAGCUAAUCAGUCAGGAGGAUACUACUCCGAGUUGGUGAAAGAAUACGAUGGAGUUAUAAUUUCAAGCCACCUGGCCAAGAUGUCAACCUUGCCUAUAUCACGCGAACCUGAUGCAAAACAACCUCUUUAUAUCAUCAUAGCACAGGGCGAAAGUUCCCGAUUACAUAUCCCCUUUCUCAGUGAAGAGCAUACUUCUAAGGCCAUAGUUCUUGCUGAUAGUCCUGUCACCGUGGAACCAUCAGGAGUUGAAGUUGCUGUCCUUCGUCAGAUAGACUUCGAGUCCAUUCUUCAGCUUCUUGCACAGCGAGGGCUUUGCAGUGUGCUGGUGGAUUUCAGAGAAGUCGGAGAAGGCUUUGCGUCACUUCUGAACGACUUCCAGGAGGAGAAGCUGGUGCAGAAGGUUGUUGUGGAGCUCCUGCCUGUUUGGCUCGUGAGCGAAGGGCUCAGCAACCUGGUGUUUGGUGGCAGUCAAUCGUUUCCGCUGAAGGAUGUGGAGCACAAGGAGGUGAAUGGAAGUGUGCUGCUGGAGGGCUAUGUGUAGCAGCAUUUCUGCAGGAGGAUUGGUGACCUUGUGGCAGUGUUUGUUUGCCCUCCUCUUGUAAACAGAUAGUCAUGUAAGCGUGAAUUGUUCACUGCAACCGUGUGGUUUGUUUUAUAGAGUUGAAUCCAUGCCGUGAAUUAUUUUUGCACUCAGUGUAUAUCAGUAUACCCCAUCUUUUUCUAGUUCUCAGAUUAUCUGGAUGA